AUGUCCGUCUUCCACCUCCCGACCGACUUCAAAGAUGUCAUCUCCGAAUCUGAUCAAUCAUCUUACCUCCAAAGCCAAGCACACGAAAUCAUGGCUCUGAGCAGUAUACUUGAUACAGAUGACGACCAGCAGCCCACUCCUUCCCCGUAUCAACUCUACCAUAGGCCUCAUGUUUUUGGCGACUCCGGCUGGACAGCUGGGAAUAGCUCGGCCGACGUUCAAGAUAGCACCUCUCCAGAGACUGGGGAUCCUGAAGACUCGAAGUGGGGCGAAGGUGGAUGGCCGAUAGAUAUAUGUCGAAAGGCGGACAUGGCAGAGGCUAGGCAGGCGUUUAUGGGAGGUGUUAGUGGUAUUGCUGCUACAUCGCAAAGAGAAACUACUCGGAAAUCCACUCUGAGUCCUGAAUCACCUCCCUUUUAUCCAUCUCUCAUAGAUGCUGUAGAACUUACGCCACAGCUCUCCCAGUAUCCUGCUUUGCAGCCAUCAAAUACCCACCCCACAACAAACCCCACCACCCCCACAGAUCCUCCACAUCUUUCUCCAACUUCCCACCCCAGUAUUCCUGCUCGCAGUCGUCAGAGACCCAAACGUGUCGCAUACACAUUCACACACGACCCCGUCGCGCCCUUUUCCUUACAAGACUCUCAAGAAGGCUCUGAAAACAUCGGAUCGAGGGAUGCACUGGAAGGCGAUAUGCGAGCGGAUCAAUUGAGAGAUCAUUGGAAAGCUAUCAAAGGUGGGAGAAUGGGCGCUAUGAAUAGCCAGCAUAGUACGAGGUAUGGGCCGAGAUUGACGACGUGA